GUAGUUUUUUUUUCAUGUGCAAUUGUAAAUAAACACAUGAUGCCGGUUUAUUACCGUCAUAAAAUGUGAACCGUGAUUGGAGUUCAACAGUGACAGAUAUCAAUUUAAUAAAAAUGUAAUUGAGAAUUAAGUCAAUUCAAGCAAUUAGACUAUCUCAUAUUGAAUAAUCACACAUCAAAAGAGUACCGAUAACGCUUGUUGUUCGCUAUUUAAAAGAAACAUUUAUAUCGUCACUUUCAUUCGGUAUUCGGCCAGCAUACGGUUCACUUCAGUAUUGAAAACAACAAAAAAGUAAAAAUGUGUACACCAAAAGAGACAAUUAUCGAUCUACGUUCGGACACUUUAAGUCAGCCAACGGACGAAAUGCGUGUGGCAAUGGCGAAUGCAGUAGUUGGCGAUGACGUUUAUGGUGAAGAUCCCACCGUUCAGGAGCUCGAGCAAAAAUGUGCAGAACUAUUUCAAAAAGAGGCUGGCUUAUUUGUGUGCAGUGGAACAAUGGGAAAUCUUAUCUCGAUCAUGUGUCAUUGUCAAUACCGUGGUUCUGAAGCAAUCGUUGGACAAUCAUCACAUGUAUUUUUGUAUGAACAAGCCGGUGCAUCAACGAUUGCAAAUGUUUCAAUGAAUACAAUUCCAAAUAAUGACGAUGGCACCUACUCACUGGAUGAAUUUCAAAAAAGAAUACGUGGCAGUGAUUCACAUGAACCAAUAACAUCGCUAGCGAUUGUCGAAAAUACGCACAAUAUUUGCGGUGGAAAAGUGAUUCCUUUAGAGUGGAUUGAUGAAUUGGCAUCAAUUUGUAAGGAUAAUAACAUAAAAAUGCAUAUGGAUGGUGCUCGAAUCUUUCAUGCGGCUGAAUAUUUGAAUGUACCAGUCGCACGAAUCACUCGUGACUUUGAUUCAGUCACAUUUUGUUUGAGUAAAUCGUUGUGUGCGCCAGUCGGAUCGGUUUUGAUGGGAUCCAAUGAGUUUAUUCGUAUGGCACGUCGUUAUCGAAAAGCAUUGGGCGGUGGCAUGCGCCAGGUUGGUAUUUUGGCAGCAGCCGGUCUGGUAGCUUUGAAUCAAAUUGUGCCAAGAAUAGGAGACGUUCACGAGCAUACCAAGCAAAUCGCGCAGGCCAUCUAUGACAUGAAAAGUCCAUACCUUACAGUGGAUAUAGAUACAGUUCAAUCGAAUAUUUGUAUGAUUCAUUUUCUACAGCCGAAAAAAUAUUCGGCACAGUAUUUUGUGGAGCGUUUGAAUAGAGUCACGAGCAAAGAAUUAUCGGAUGGAAUCACAGACAAAUUUGGGAACGGAAUCAUUGUUAAAGUUAUGGCUAGAGAUGAAUGGAACUGCAUCCGAUAUGUCACAUACUUCCAUAUUAACGGCGAAAUGACUGAACUUGCAAUUAAAAAGAUCAAAUACUGCAUUACAGAGCUCGAUUAAAAUUUCAGAUGGGGUUUUUUAAGAGUUGAAGAGGCGUAACACAGUUAUCAAUCAAGUAGUUAUCAAUAACAUUAUUUAAAAAAGUGAAUAACAACUCGUUGAGCGAAUAUUGACCAUAAUCAGAAAAAAAAUCGAGAUAAGAAUCUAUAUAAAAUUAAAGACGAUUUUCCAUGUGUUUUUUAUUUAAAAGUACACAAAUGAUAAUGCUGACACGUACUCUUCUUUCAAUAUGUGUUAACAUUUAUUUCCAUUAAUGGUUUUUAUAUUAUCGUGGCAUUUUUCUUACAAUCAGCUGUGCAAAUUAUUAUAAAUAAAUAAAUUUAAAAAAAAGUGACAAAUAAAUUGAGAGCGAUACUGAGCGUAAUCAAAUUACAAUACAUGCA